UUGUGCUUACAUGCAAGUAAACACAUGUGCACUAGAAUCGAGAUGGAAAACUUAAGUGAAAACAGUCAAAGAAAGCUCCCAGAGAGAAAUAUUUUAGAUUUAUUUGUAAUUCUGACAAAAUCUGGUGAUGUAAAAAGGUGUAACGCAACCAAGUGUCUUUUGGAUCAUCUCCAGAAGCAGCAAGCCAGCAGUGGCAAGAACUUGUGUGGGGAUGUCAAAUACACAAUUAAGAGACUAGUUCAGGGCCUGUCAUCAGAUAGAAAAUAUACAAGAGUUGGUUUUUCCACAGCACUUUGCCAACUUCUAAGAACUGUUGAUACUAUAGCCAGUAGUGAUGUCUUGAGUUGUAUAGCACAUUCUGCUGAUAAUACAGCUAAAAAUGAGGAAAGGAAUGUUUUUCUUGGGAAUGCAUUUGGUCUUUUAACUCUGAUCAAUUCAGGUAAAAUCUUGACAGCAAGUUCAGGGGAGAUAAGCGAUAUUGUUGACAAGUUACUUCAGCUUUAUAACAAGAAGACCUACUUACAGCUCUUGUGUCUAAAUGGCAUUUUGCAAAUUAUUAUGCAGGUAUCCCAUGAUGUGUUUAAGAAUAGUGUUUUGCCUCAUCUUCAGCAGCAGUAUGCUACGGGUUGGGAUGUUUGCACACCAGAUACCUUGCAACUCCUUUUAACAUCUUGCAAAUAUCACCCAGCCAGUGUAAAGAAAUUUUUAAAAGAUCAUUGGUUAGGUGACCAGUUGAUCUCAGAGAAAAACUUUCCACAUCUAGGUACUGUUGUUUUGAAAAGCACAAGUCUGACACAUAUGAUACACCCACUGAUAGACGAGUUGUUGGCAGUUGUCAAAGAGAAACAUCUAGACGUUGGCAAAUUCUGGAAACAUGUUGGCAAGACUUUACUAGCAUCUGACAGGAGAGUUAGGGUAGGACCUAAACAAAUCCUAGGACUGUACCUGCUUGAGAAAAUACUGCCACUUAUUGACACUCCAGAAAAGUUGAAAGCUGUGAUGUUACCAGACAUAGGGAGUGUGUUAAUACAGCUCUGUUCUAAGAAGAUGGAGGAGGGAACUAAAGGUGCUAAAAAAAUAAGUGAUGUUAUAAGCAAGAUAACUCAAGUGCUGACAGCUUUGGUUGAGUUGACGGUAGCUAGUAAGGAUGCCCAGUUUCAGCUAGAGAUGUUGAAAUGCUUGAUCUCACCACCUGGAUCUUUUGAGUUUGACAACCAGACAAAUACAACAACCAUUGCACAGAUAUCAAGUCAGUUACUACCUGAGGCUAAACAUGAAUAUAUUGAGGAGCUGAUGAAAGCUUUUAGGGGUGAACCAUCCUGGAUAGCUUCAGAGAAUCAGUCUGCUUCUUUGCCACAGUGGUGUGUUAAACAGCUCUGUUUGAUGUGUGGUAACACAGAGUCGUCAUGGCAACUGAAGAUUUUUCAAUUCUUAUUUCUACACAGCUUCUUCACUGUGAAAAAAUAUAGCAAAGAUAUACCCCAUAAUUGA